GUCGAAUACGAUUGCUCUACCUCGGUACCUGCCAGUCGCUGGCGUGUUUCAGCAACAGAUAUCGAACAGUGGUAGCAGCCGCUCUGAUAUCGAAGCGUUUGAAGCGCAGCGUUCCACAAAAGACCACUCACAAAAAAGGCUGCCACAAAAACGCCAGCCGCCACGACACAGCAACAAUGGCCGGCUACGUCUCGCGGACCUACUCGUCGGCUCUCAGUCCAACAGUACAGUUACUAACAAACUACCUAAAACAGGACGCCGCCGUCAUCAAGGGCAGGCGCUGUGUUGUAAUAGGUGCCGACGCCGCCUAUGCGCCCGUAAAAAACGCCGGCGCCAAGUCCGUGGCGAUCUUUGCCGAUUGUAGAAAAGCCUUGACAGGUUAUGCUUUAGCCGAUGCUGUGAUUGUGGUAGGUGACUUAGAAGCAAAGGACGCGCACGCCGCGGUUUCUGUGAUAAGGGCCUUUGCACGGCAAAAAGAUGCCCCGGUCGUCAUAGCACUCUCCGCAUCCAUGCGCCGGCGCUUGCGAAGCAUGCUGGAUACGUUCGAGACCGUAUCCGAUGGCGACGUCCUGGUCCUCCGAGCAACUACUGACGAAGAGGACCCCCUCUACCGAGAAGCUUCACUAUUGAAAUACGCACCGGAGCAGGGACUACCGAUCCUCAUAAGGCAGUCUCCGAAAGGAGCAGAUGGUUUAGGUGGUGUGGUCUGGCCCGGCGCGAUUGCCUUAGCACGCUAUCUAGCCCCAGACAUGACCCCAAAAACGCGCAUCUUCGAGCUCGGCUGCGGGACGGGGUUUCUGGGAUUGGCUCUUAGAGCCGCCGGUGCGGGCCAUGUGACUCUGACCGAUGAAUUUGUGGAAUUGGCGUGUGCCAACGCUUCGCUCACAGAAGAAGGGUCUGAUGCGCCGAUCAUCGUUCGUCGGGUCCGGUGGGGCUGUGAUGAAGAUGCUGAGGACGAUCCACCUCCAGCAAAGGAGUACAUGUGGGACCCCGACGUGCGCAAGGGCAUCCUGCCGCACGAGCCGACAGCUACGGAGAAGAAUUUGAAAGAAUUGCCCCAAGAAAAUGCUUGGCGCGAGUUCAUCGUCGGGGCCGAACUGACGCCGAUGGUGGACGGACAUGUGUCAUUAGUGAAGGAGAUUAAGCGACGGCUGGAGCACGCCGUGGCUCGCGGAUUGGAGGCGACCGCAUUUAUCGCGAUGGCAGCUGCGGAAAGUGAAAAAUGUGCGACGUCGUCAUUUUUGAGGGAAGCGAAGAAGGAUUUGAAAAUCGUUCAUAUCAAGAAGGACGUGCCCAACGUCAAGGAGGGCGAGAUCGAUGGGUUGGAUUGUAGCCUCGCGGACGGCGGGGACGUGGUGUGGGUCGCGGAGCUUGGGUUGAUGCCUGCCGCGACGACGGCGUGAGGGGGUGCGUUUUGUAAGUUUUUGAAGUAUUA